AUGGCCUCUGUUUCAACGAAUCAAAAGGCAUCACGUCUUUACGAUGACAAGCCUGCGUUCAUCUACGGUACUGCUUGGAAGAAAGAUCAAACGAAGAGGCUGGUCAAGGAAGCUCUCGCCCAAGGCUUUCGUCGCGUCGACACAGCUGCACAACCACGGCAUUACCAGGAACCUUUGGUCGGCGAAGCGCUUCGUGAGGUGUUCUCUGAGGGCAUACUUGAACGAGGACAACUAUACUUACAGACAAAGUACACCACCCCUGCUGGCCAAGAUCUGACCAACAUGCCCUACAAUCCUGACGCGCCGUUGGAUACCCAGAUACACACAUCCGUCGCAUCAUCACUGAAGAACCUGCGAUACAAGGACGAGUCAGACGAUGCCUCAUACAUUGACUGUUUACUUCUGCACUCCCCACUGCCUACCAUUGACCAAACACUGCAAGCCUGGAAACUACUGGAGUCGUAUGUGCCCAACAGAAUUCGCAGUCUCGGUAUCUCAAACGUCACACUCCCCAUUCUUCAGGUCAUCUACGAGAAUGCCACAAUCAAGCCAUCGGUUAUUCAGAACCGUUUCUACCCUCAGACGCGCUACGAUGUAUCGUUACGCGCCUUCUGCCGAGAAAGCAACAUCAUGUAUCAGUCCUUCUGGACUUUGACAGGCAAUCCUUCUCUCAUAAGAUCCGAGCCCGUUGCUACGUUGGCUCAAGUAGCGGGUGUCGGACUGCCUGUCGCGCUUUACGCUCUUGUUAUAGACCAAGGAGUUGUGGUGCUAAAUGGGACUACUUCGAGUGAUCAUAUGCGGGCUGAUCUCGAGGGCAUUGAGAAGGUGCGUAACUGGGCGCUGUCGCAACCUAACAAGUUUGAGGCCAUUAGCGAGGCCUUUAAGUCACUGCUCGGAUGA